CCCUGCGGCCGUCUCGUAGGCGACGCCGCGGCGCACAGAGCCUCCCUGCGUCGCCUUGCCAUGGCUGCCCGUGGUGGCGUCGCCCCUGCCGGCGAGGGUCUGCGCUACGCCGAGUAUUCGCCGCCGGCGACCAAACGGCCGGACGCGGACGUGGACCAGGGACUGGCAAGAAGUUUGAUAGCUGUAGGACUGGGCGUUGCAGCUCUUGCAUUUGCAGGUCGCUAUGCAUUUCAGAUUUGGAAACCUCUAGAACAAGUAAUCACAGAAACAGCAAAGAAGAUUUCCACUCCUAGUCUUUCAUCCUACUAUAAAGGAGGAUUUGAACAGAAAAUGAGUAGGCGAGAAGCUAGUCUUAUUUUGGGUAUAAGCCCAUCUGCUGGCAAGGCCAAGAUUAGAACAGCUCAUAGGAGAAUUAUGAUUUUGAAUCACCCAGAUAAAGGUGGAUCUCCUUACUUAGCAACCAAAAUAAAUGAAGCAAAAGACUUGCUAGAAGCAACCACCAAACAUUGAUGCUUAAGAAUCAUUCUGAAGGAAAAGAAGGGGGAAUAUAAAACAAAAAAGUCCUGCAAAUUAAUCUAAACCACGGUGUUCAUAAUUUUCAUACAUGCACUGACCACAAUCAUUUAUUCCACUCUUAAGGUAUAUAAUAAUAAAAGAUUAACAGUCUA